AUGAUUAUCAUCGGUCUGACCGGCUGUUUGUCUGCCACCGUGUGUCUGACGCUGACGCUGAGCUCGGCUGGGCUCGGCUCGGCUCGGCUCGGCUCGGCUCGGCUCGGCUCGGCUCGGCUCGGCUGGUCAUUGCUGUCAUUGCUGUCUCUUUCCAGCCGGUUUAGUGACCGUUACUUCAAAUAUGUGUUCAGUGAUAGAAAUCUCCAGAUGAUCAGUAUCACUUUAACUACGUGA